UAAUGUCACUCCACAGUCACAGACUCACAGACUCACAGACACUCGUCAGGAUGUUAUUAGUGUGCGUGAAGUAAAAAUAGCGCCUGACGCGUCGUGUGCUCCGACCCGGCCCCUCUCCGCUUGGCUCUGUCAAUCAAAAAGCCCAAAACAAGAUGGCAGGCUGCAGGAGCUGGGUCUUCUUCUUCUUCUUCACAGUUGGUGCUGUCAGUUUGUUCGGAGCCAGUGCAGAGAUCAAAUUCACCGUUCCUGUCGGGAAGCUAUUCACCCACGAGCUGAUGAGAGAGACUUUCCAGAAUGACUUUGAACCUUUGGCAAAACUCUACGCCGGCCGCUUGUACGAUGACCCCAUGAUUUUUAAGUGCAACAGGCAGAACUACCCAGACCUCCCAGAGUGGCUGCGCUUCACCCAGAGGCACCCGUACGACAACGGCUUCCUGUACGGCACGCCCACGUCUCCGGGGAAAAGUAUCAUCGAGGUCUACGCCGUCAACAAGCGGAGCUAUGAAACAACCCGACAAAUAUUCGUGAUCAAAAUCGUUGCGGAGAAGCUCCUGCCCUACCAGGCCGAGUUCUUCAUCAAGCUGAGGGAGAUCGAGAAGGUGCUGCCCCCUCCUGUCCAGGACGAGAUCAAGCAGGAUCUACAAAAGCUGUGGGACACGGAGGCCCUGGAAAUCAUCAACAUGACCAACGCCAUCGACCGCGGCGGCAGAGUGCCCCUCCCCCUCGCAGGCCACUUUGAAGGUGUGUACGUGAAGGUGGCGUCCGAGCAGUACUUCUCGGACUGUCUCCGGAGGGCGAUGACCCCCGAGUACCAGAGGCAGUGCACGGCGGGGGCGAAGGUCAAGAUCCCCGGAGGCUGUAACUUCUGCAGCAUCCCCAGCAACUGCAUCAGCUGGUGCAAGAUCGAGCUGUUCGAUCUGACGAAGCAGGAACCGGCUCCACCUGCUCCCACGAUGGGCUCUGGAAUCCUGGAGGCCGGAGGAGACUUCGAGCCCCCGGAGUCGCCCCCGAGCAGAGACUUUUUCCCCGACUACAUCGUGACGGUGAUCGUGCCGCUGAUCCUCGCCAUCAUCCUGUGUCUGCUGCUGGCCUACAUCAUGUACGGCCGACGAGAGGGCGUUGGAAAGAGGAAUGCAAGGACGAACCAGAUCCAGCUGUACCACCACCACACCAUUCACGGGAACACGGACGAGCUGAGGGACAUGUCUGGGAACCGCGGCGUCCCUCCUCCUCUGUCCACAACGCCCAUGUUCAACAGCCGCACCGGGGAGAGGGCUCCUCCGUCGCCGCUGAGGUCCGACAGCCCCAGCGUCCCCCUCAUCCUGGCCCAGCAUGACCCCUACAGCGACACUCUGCCCAGAAAAUAAGAGCAACAAUGGACGACGUGUCGUCCUUGCAGCCAUUUGCUGCCACCGUCUGUAGUUCCACAUUUGCAAUGAGGCAAAUUGUCUUUCUUCUUUUGGUUCAAUUAUUAUACAGUGAGUGUGCAAAUUGUUAUUUGGCGUUUAGGAUUUUUCUGUAUUGCACCAUCUUUCGCCGCUAAUAAAAAAUUCUGAAAACCCA